AUGAAGUCUCCAGCCAAGAAAGACGACAGCAGCUUCAACGACCUCUUCUUCCGUGAUGGCACACGACGGAUCGACUUCGUCCUGGCUUACAGGAAGAUGGAGAGUGAGGAGAGGGAAGAGAAGAGAGUGAGAAAGAGGACAAACUACGAGGCCAAUCUCGUUGAUGAAGGCCUUGAGCUUGAGUACGAGAACUCAGAGGGGCCGGAGCCGAACCCAGAAGACCCAGAAUCCCACGACAACCGCACCUUCUUCGUGAAGGUCCACGCUCCAUGGGACCUGAUGACUCGCUAUGCUGAGGAACUCAAGAUCAAGAUGCCCAUCGAGGAAAACAACAUGGAAGAACCUGUGAAUGUAUUCAACUGCAUUGACAAGCUCUGGACUCCUUUUGAGCUGAGUGAUGAUUAUGUCAAGCCAGAGCCAGAUGUCUUCACUGCCCCAUUCAUCAGGGACAGAGAAAAUGAAUUUAUCAUGCACAGCAGGGAAACGUUCUUUCCCAACAACAUCCGCAACAGAGUGGUUUAUGAGAUCUUAGAGAGGAUGCGCUACGAUCCAAAUGACCCAUCAAAGUUUGGUAUUGACCACUUGAUCGCUAACGGAUCCUACUACGCUGCCUAUCCACUCCAUGAGGGCAACUACAAGAGCGAGCAUUCCUUACUGACCCAUGGGGCACUGAACGAUAGACAUCAAAAUGAGCAGCUGCCAGUUUGGGCUCGACCCAAUUUUAGAAAUCUGCUGUACGAAGAAUGGGCAAGGCCAGGAAGAUGGUACAAGAAGCAACCUUUGGAUCUUAUCAGGCGGUACUUUGGAGAGAAGAUUGGUAUCUACUUCUGUUGGUUGGGUUUCUACACCGAGAUGUUGACAUGGGCUGGAUUUGUUGGUCUGAUUGUAUUCCUCUAUGGAUGUAUCUCCCUACCGAGCAGUACAGUGGUGAACGAGAUCUGUGAAGGCACUGACAUCAUCAUGUGUCCGCUGUGUGAUAAGAGAUGUCCGUACUGGACGUUAUCGGACAGUUGUUUCUACUCUAAGCUGACGUACCUGUUUGAUAAUGAAGCGACGGUCUUCUUUGCUUGUUUCAUGUCCCUCUGGGCCACCAUGUUCUGUGAAUUCUGGAAAAGAAGACAGAACACGAUUGACUAUGACUGGGACUUGUUUGGCUUUGAAGAACAGGAGGAGAACAUUCGUCCUGAGUUUGAGGCCAAGGCACCAGACCGAAGAGUCAGUCCCAUCACCAACCUCCCAGAGCCGUACAUGAAGUUCUACCGUCGCUUCCCACGCUUUAUGACGUCCAUCACUACAAUUGCGUUUAUGAUUCUGCUCGUCAUGGCAGCUGUCAUGACCGUCAUCAUCUACAGAAUCGUCGUCAAGGCAGCCAUCUUCUCAAUCGACCAGGAAUUCAUCUCAUCUUUCUCCUCCAUCAUCACCUCGGUAACGGCUUCCUGCAUCUCUCUCAUCCUCAUCAUGAUCCUUCAACUGUUGUACGAACGGAUUGCUGUGUGGCUAACCAACCUUGAAUUGCACCGAACGGAAACCGAGUACGAAGACAGUUUCACCUUCAAGAUGUAUCUCUUUGCAUUCGUCAACUACUACUCUACCAGUUUUUACAUUGCGUUCUUCAAGGGACGCCUACCCGGUACUCCAGCUGACUAUGGCCGUGUGUUUGGUAUCUGGCGUCAAGAAGAGUGUGAUCCAGCUGGAUGCAUGCAGGAACUAUUCAUCAACAUUGCCAUCACUAUGUGUGGAAAGCAGUUCUUCAAUAACUUCAUGGAAUUGGCUUUGCCUGUCGUCUUGAACUUCUGGCGCUCCCGUACUGGUCGCAAGGAAGAAAAGAGCGGCAAGGGACGCUACGAGCAGUGGGAGCAAGAUGCUGACUUGGCCGACCUUGGACCACGAGGGCUCUUCAAAGAAUACCUUGAGAUGGUUGUUCAGUUUGGUUUCUCAACCAUCUUCGUGGCUGCUUUCCCCCUUGCCCCUCUCUUCGCUCUUCUCAACAACCUUAUCGAGGUCCGUCUCGAUGCCUACAAAUUCAUCUCUCAGCUUCGACGACCCGUCGCCAAGCGGGCUCAAGAUAUCGGUGCUUGGUAUGCAAUCCUAGUUUCCAUUGGAAACCUGUCUGUCUUGACUAAUGCACUCGUCAUUGCUUUUACCUCUGAGUUCAUCCCCCGUCAAGUUUAUAAAUAUUACUAUGGUGGCAAAGAAAACAGUCUUGUUGGCUACAACAACUGGUCACUUUCCUAUUUCCAGACCAAGGAUUUCCAGGAAGAUUCGAAGCCUUCUGAUCCGUCUUACCCAAGGGUUGAACCAGAUGACCCGAACUAUGGUCUUAACGUCUCUAUGUGCAGAUACCGUGGCUACUACGAUGAGAAUUACGAGGUUACUUUGGACUACUGGCUUAUAAUCGCGAUCAAGCUGGCCUUCAUCUUGCUCUAUGAGCAUCUCGUCUUAUUCAUCAAGUUCUUUGUGGCCUACAUCAUUCCCGACAUGCCCGAUUUCGUCAAGAACCAGAUCAAGCGCGAGAACUACCUAGCCCAGCAGGCCUUGCGCACGGCCUUGGUAGAGAACCGGGGCAAGAGCAAGAAGAUGGUCCCGCCCGGCGGACCUGAAGACUCCUCCGGCGCUUCCGGCCCCGUCGAGCCCUAAACCGGCUUCCCGUCGCCACGACUACGCAUCAUCCAUCAGCGAUCUUCACUAUCAUCGCGUCUGCAUCCACUCAUUUCAAACCAGAGCAUAUCUUUCUAAAUCCGACUUGCCUCGUACACGACAGUGGCCUCUGUGGAGCUAUUCACUUCCUCAUAGAACAUAUUUCGUACUGUAUUUUAUAUAUAGCCCCCUCUAUAGACCAAAACUGUCAGUAGUGAUGGUUGUUCAUAUUUUUCUGUCAUAGCUGUUUUCUGUCAUUCUUGUAUAUAUCAAUACCUGACUUUGUAUUGUACCAUAUUCUGUAUCAUUUAAAAAAAGUGUUAAAGCUUUUACAUAUAUAUCAUUUACUUUUAUACUUUCCGUACCCUAUUUCUUUGAAUGCUGUGUCUCGAUUCAGAAUUAGAACAAGAAUCCAUGUUCAGUGUUAUUUCUGUUCUCAUUCUUCAUAAGAAAGUUUGAUUCUUGAAAUAUGCAUGUGACUUUCCUAACAGGGUUUCACCUUCUAAAUCUUGUUAUUAACAAGUGUUCUCGAAUUGACGUUUCUACAUUUAAUUGAUCAAAACAUGUGUUAUACUAGCAUUUCAUAAGAGGCUUGA